GAAGGGGGACCCCCAGUCAACCUGAACCUCAGACUGCGACCACGAUGGAGACGUCUCAGCGACGGCUAAUUUGGACUCGAGGGUCCCCCCGCCCCUGGCCAGCAGGCCUGUUUGGGCUUGCUGUACACAGCCAGCGCGCAUUACUGCGCUGUUUCGAGGCGCAAGGGACGGCUUGUGCCUGUCUCUGUCCGGACAGCGGAGAACUUCCAACUUCGCAAUCUGGUGCCGAGUGGGGAUGGAUGCAACUGCAGAAACAGUAUAAGAAGGCACCGAGAUCGCCUCAUCUUGUAGGCUGAUCUCGUUUCCUCCCCAUCCUUCGAUCACCAGAAAACCCUCCAGUCCUACUUGCUUACAUUCUCUUUGCCGCCGGUCGGUCUUUGUCGAAAAUAUCCAAACCAUUUUCUACCCCCUUAGACAACUUCGUCAACUUUUCUUGAGUCCGGCUACUCCCUUCUUUCCACAAAAACAAUACCCCAACAUUCAAAAUGAAGUUCUCCCUCGCCACCAUUGUCCUCGGCCUUGCUGCCUUCUCCUCGGCCGCCAUCCUUGACACCGAGGGCAUCCGCAACGCCGAGCGUGACGCCGUCAUCGUCUCCCGCCAGAACGCCGGCCGCCCCGUCCCCAACGGCACCUGCUGCGUCGCCAACACCUCGCUCAAGCAGGAUGCCUGCAACGUCAACGGCGCUGCUGGUCGCUGUGUUCCCGGUGGCCAGGCUUGCGGCAGCAGACUCAGCUGUGUCGCCCAGGCCAACCUUGCCUGUGACAACAACGUUAUUGAGCGUGGCAAGUCCCUUUGCCGCGCCAAGGUCGGCAAUGGCUUCCAGGAUGGCGCCCGCGUCAUCCAGAACCUCAACCAGGCCAAGGUCAACUAAGCGGUUCGUUCAUUCGACGCUUUUGUUGUUGAGAUCCAGGGGGCGGCGAGCUCAAGUAUCAGCGGAGGAAAACUUUAGUUUGGUGUUUUAUUGUUUCUGAGGUCCAAGGACUCGCUAGAAGAACUUGACUCGAGAGAAAUAUAAGCAAUUAUGACUGGAG